AUGGCUUUCUUUGGGAAGAUAGUGGCACCGCGGGAUGAGAAGAAGAGAUUGUCUCCCAUUCAGAUGCAUGAUUUUGAUGACUCGGAGAUCAUCAAACAGUUUGAGAAGACGUUGGUUGGCAGAGUUUUGAACCCGAAACAGACGCACUGGGUCAAAGCUCUCAUUGCUUUCUUACCGGAAGUGUGGAAGUGUCAGGAUCGGGUUAAGGGCAUUAACAUGGAGACAGGAAAAUUCCAAUUUCGAUUUGACCAGGAAUCCGAUAUCACGCAAGUACUUGCAAGAAGGCCAUAUCACUUUGAUGGCUGGUUCUUUGCUCUGGAACGAUGGAUCCCAACCAGUCGUAUUGACUUCCCGUCUUCCAUCCCUAUGUGGAUCCAAAUUCAUAACUUGCCGGACUGUCGAUGCUAUGAGAAGGGCGUUGUCGAGAUCAAAGAGAAAUUGGGAGACCUCAUGGCCUAG